AAUCCUUUUGGGCCCUGGUGCGAAGAAGAAUACAAGCAAACGGUGUCGUUGGAACCAGGAGAUGCAAAACGGGGUAAGGAAAGUUCUUCGGCUUCUGAAGGGUUUGCAGAAUCAUCGCCAAACGCUGAACCCGUUCCUUUUCUUCUUGCUUGUGUUUCCGGCAGUUCUCCGGCAUACUCUCCGUCUCCAAUAGCCAAUUUCGCUUACUUCCAUAAUACGCGAAUCUAAUCAAGGGGUGGUGGAUUCGAUUUGUUUUUAGACAUUGUAUGUAUUUGUGAUGGAUGCCAAGGCUUUGGCAAAAUCAAAGAGAGCUCACUCUCAACACCAUAAUAAAAAGGCCCAUCCUAGUCAAAAACCAAAGCCAGCAACAGAAGGUAAUAGUAAUGCUGCUAAUGUGAAGAAGGUGCCAAACAAGCAAGUUAGUGCGAAAAUUCGCCAGGCUCAGCAAAUAGCUAAAUUGCCAUCAAAUUGGGAUCGGUAUGAGGUUGAAUUUGAUUUCGGUUCAGAUGAUGUGCCCGAUACUGGUGCAACUCAAGCUUCUGAUGUUAUUGUGCCAAAGAGUAAAGGAGCUGAUUAUCGUCACCUGAUUGCAGAAGCCCAAUCUCAGUUUCAGUCAUAUCAUUAUUCAGAAAGCGUUCCUUCUUUAGAUGAUGUAUUGCCUGGAGAUUUUAAUCAUUUUGUCGGCUCUAUGCUUUCAGUCAGGGGAGAGACUGCGCUGUCAUGGAUUGGGGAUGAUAAUUUUGUGGUGGAAGACAGGACAACCGCAACUCAGGAGACUUCAUUUCUCUCCCUGAAUUUGAAUGCUCUUGCCGAACAACUAGAAAGAGUAGACUUAUCACAGAGGCUCUUCAUUGAGGCAGAUCUAUUACCAUCAGAGCUGCAGGUGCAGGGUCCAGAGGAGUUAACUGGCAAUCAACAAUCUGAUGAGAUGCAAAUGAUAAGUGAGAAGAAAGUCACUACUCAAGUAUCAAAAGAGCAAGCUCUAGAUGAUUUUUCUGAGAAGCUCGAGAUAGCAGAUCAAGAUAGUGAUUAUACAUCAUUUGGCUCAGGCAGCAAGCACAUAACACGGUUUAAUGGAGAGUUGGAUUUGGUAAAUCAAGCUGAGGAUGAUUUGGCAUCCAAUCAUCUUGGCAAAGCUGAUGGGGGCAGAGAGCCCAAAUCCACAGCAAAUGAUGAAGUGGUCUCAAAAAAGAAGCUUCUAACAUUUGAAGCAGCAACUGCAGAGGCAGAGCUAGAUAUGCUUCUUGACUCCUUUAGUGAGACUAAAUUUCUCGACUCACCUGGCAUCAAGCCCGCAAUCACCUCCAGUACUUUCCGUAAAGAAGUUACUAAAGAUCUGCAAAUUUCAGGAAAAGGCCCAGCUUCAUCUAAAACUUCAACAAUUACUGCCAGUUUUGACGAUGUACUCGAUGACUUAUUACAGGAAACGUCUAAUCUGGUUAACCAAACUAGUACGUCACAGCCUCGGGAUUUGAAGGCCACCAAACGAGACAACCUGUCUUCUUCGUCAUCUAGUUCUGUCCCAAAAUCCAAAGUUUUAGAUGAUUUUGAUUCAUGGUUAGAUACAAUUUGAUUGUUUGUGCUUUGUAAAUAUAGCUUCUUCCACAUGCAACCUAAUCUCACCAGCCGAUUGCUGAUAAAAGGCAAUUCUUAGUUUGAAAUUCUUUUGGUUAGAUGUUGUACUCCUGUGAAGUAAAAGGUUCAACUAUGAACGUUAUGUAAUUCAAUUUUUCAUAGCGCUUAUGUUCACAAAUCA